AUGAUUCAAUUAAAGUCCAUGCUCAACUGCAUCGACAAUUCGGGCGCCUCGCUCGUCGAAUGCGUCAUGAUUGUCGGCCGCAAGAGACACGCCUCGAUCGGUGACAGGAUAGUAGCAGUCGUCCAGAAGAACCGCAACUCGUCCGAGGCGGGCAUGAACGCGUCGAGCGCGGCGGGCAAGGUGAAGCGCGGCGACAUCCGGCACGCAAUCGUCGUGCGAACCAAGAAGAAGGUCCAGCGGCCCGACGGCAGCGUGGUCCGCUUCGACGACAACGCCUGCGUGCUCAUCAACAAGGCCGGCGACCCGGUCGGCACACGCGUCAACAGCGUCGUCGGCGCCGAGCUGCGGAGGAAGAAGUGGGCCAAGAUAUUGAGUAUGGCGCCGACACAUGCGUAG